AUGCAAUGUCAUCCGCUCCCGAUCCUGACCCUGAUCUUGGUGGCAGUUAGCCUGCUGCCAGCCAGCUACGCGCAAACCCCACAAGACCUGCCCAUCCUUGCUGGUGCCGUUUUCAUUACCCAGCAAGCCCUGGACGACGGUCCGGAACGAUAUGCCAAUCUGCUCCAACAAGCUGUCCAGGAGGUGAUUGACGAUGCCCACUUCAACGACAUCCACUGCUCCGAAGACACCUGCAAGGAAAAGUUUGACGCGUGGGCAUACUUUGAGCACGUCAACAUUACAGCCAAUGUCUCUGACCUUCAGCUGCAGAUUGUCGAUUUGCAAGGACGACCCGGUAUUACUUUCGUUGCCACUGUUCACCUCCUGAUCCGCAACAUCUACGUCUCUGGCAGUGGCGAAAAGUGCGAGGCCAAAAUUUUCGGGGACUGCUUCCUGUGCGGUUCCUUUUCCUGCCAGGACAAUACCGUGGUCACGGUGGCCUUUCCCACCCAAGCCAAUGGCCAGGUCAUUUACCUCACCAACGCCACCGGCAACUUUGUGGACGCCACCGUUGCCUUCACGCCCCCGCCGGUCGACGAGAUGGACGUGCAGAUGGAUCCUUCCUGUCAUGUCAGCACCCUCGUCGACCUGUAUCUCGACUUUUGCGAGCGCUCCUUCCUCCAAGCCCUCGUCGACUAUGAAAAAGACAUUGCUGCCCAACUCAAUGCGCAGCUUCACGACAGCACCGCCGUUCCUCAGUCUUACAGCCCUUACGCCAACGUGACCAUCACCUAUAUUCCCUACAACUAUACCGUGGCCACUCUCGACUACAUCAUGGUCCUUUUCACCGCUGACGUGGCCGUCGUGGACCCGACCGGACAGACACACCAUUACCCUCCCGAUCCCACCCUUAAUGUUUGGCCUCAGCUCGGAAACUGGCCCCGCUUUGAGGACAACUCGGGUCUCGCCGUCCUCGUCGGAGCCCGUUUCUCGGCCAUCUUUCUGCAAGCCAGCCUUUGGGCCGGCAACUAUCUCUCAUCUUUCGAAGCCAGCACCAAUCUUACCAUCUUGGACGCCAACCUCACCGUUGAGCUCCUCACCGACCAGCCCUCGCUCACUGUGGUCGCUGACAAUCUCAUCGAUGCUCGCAUCGCCUCGGGCCUCUUCUAUCUACAGUGCGAAACUCCUGGUCGGGGCUGUGGGGAUAACCUUGUCAAUAUCACUUGGGCCAAUGUCACUGCCGAUGCCAACGUCACCUAUACCAAUAACAGCCGCCCCGGGGUUCAGCUGUUCAUCAAGGGCUUUGAUGUGAGCCAAAUGACCAUCCAUCUCUAUGAACCCCGGUUUCCCCUUUCCGAACAAGUCGCCGUGAACGUCAUCAAGGAUGCCCUGCAACAAUCCGUCCCCAUUGCCAACACCUACCUUGCCACCUACGCCCUUGUCCUUCCGGAUCAGCUCAUACCUCUCUUGCCCCAUCCCACAGUCAACCUCAUUGAUCAAGGAGCGGGCGCUGGCUACAUUGAGCUCCUCACACUCUGCCAGUGCCAUACCGGCAUCGAUGCGCAGUGGCCUGUUUGCUCUGGCUUCACCUGUGGUGCCGACAGCUGGACCCAACUCCAGAACACUUGGAGCCGACCAUCCAUGGAUCAUUCGCUGCUCGCUCACAACGACCCCUUGAGCUCCAACCCCUGUUCCGAUGCCUCAAGCAUGCGCCGUCGCCGCCACGCAGCAGACGCUUACGCCGGCUCUGCUACCAAUCCGCUUCGCGUCAGUGUGGCCUUGACCGAAAACACGUUCUGUGGCUUUGAGGACGCGACCGGAACUCUCACGGUCCUUACCCUACCCGAUAGCGGCGGCGAGUGUCUCCAAGCAGAUGAAGAAUCGUAUUACCUCAUCGAAUUUCAAGACAACCCAUCGCAUUUCGAUGACAUUACCACGCUGCGCAUGAACUGCAACGCCUCUUGCGCCCAUGAUGAUACCCAUGUGACCGUCGGUGUGCUCUGCGCAGACAACUGUACUAUCUGCAGCCAGGCUCAGUUUCCCUUGACCCAGUGCCUGCCCACCAGCGACGGCAGCCUUCAAAUUGUCAAGCUUUCGGGAGGCUGCACCCAUGCCAAAGCGCCUGGCAGCCACUCGGCCCACGCUGCCCGUGCAGCCAUCACCGCUGAGAUUCUUGUACCCAUCGCCCUGCUCCUUCUUGGCGCGCUUGCCGUUUUUUAUCGGCAUCGACAACAAAAGCGACGUCAAUCCGAUGCCAAGCCCACAAGCCGGAGCCAAUCCGUACAAGAUCGCACCCCUUUGCUAGAAGGCGAGGAGAACCAUGACCUGGCGGCGUCAAGCAUGGGAUCGCGCUUCCUCGCCGUCCUUGCCCGCCUGGGUCGCACUCUGCUUUUCCAGGGUCGCCGUGCUCUUGCUUGGACCCUGACCAUGCUGCCCCGGCCCCUCAUCGGUCGCCCACACUGGACUGGCUGGACCAGCUUGGGCUGUCACGCCAUCGCCACGCUUGCCCUGGUUCUCUUGCUGGUGUUCUGGUACAAGCACGACCCCUUCACCGUCUUCAACGAAGGCAUUUUUGGCCAGGUCGGCCUCGAUGCCAGCGACUUUGACGCCUCAACGCUUGCCAAAGCCAUGCGCCAGUGGUCAAGGGACGGCUUUCGCCUCUUGCUGGCAAGCUUCUUGGUCUAUUUUGUCGUUCUUGUCUCGAGCGUGGUUUUUCACCCACGAUUCGACCGCUGGCUUGCUGCUCUCCGAUAUGGUAGCCUUGGUAUCCUACUUUUUCUCGUGGUCGGCAUUCUAGUUGGGCCCCCACUAUACGUGCCCUUUGCUUCUGGAGUUCACGUGAUCUACAAAAACGACUCUGAUCCCAGCUCCAACUGGAUCUCGUCCGACAACUCCACUCGCACCGAUAUAUCCCAGGGCCUGGGCUUGGCCGUUGCAUCUCUUGGCAUUUCCUUCUUGGCCCUUCUUCUGUUGCCCCUGCUGUAUGGAAUCCUUGCCGGCGUGACCAUGGGAUCUUCUGCAUUUUUAAUGCUGUGUCUUGCUGGCCAGUGUCAGGAGCGUCUGGUGCAGUACUUUGCCUCUCGGCUCCACGCGCUCUGCUGGUCUUUCUUCCUGGUCAUUCCCAUGGCUGGUAGCCUAGCUUUGGUCAUCCUCUACCAGACUUUUAGCGCUGCAUUGGCGUGGCUCUUGUUGAUACCCUCCGCUUGGUUUCUGCAGUUUGUUGGCAUGCAGUUGCAGCUUGGGGCUUUUCACGGACCGCGCCGUGCGCUCAGCACCCUUGUCAAUGCCCUCUGCCAUCUCAUCUCCGUAGUUCUCUUUGUGUUGGCGCUCACCGACGUGCGCCAGCGCACCGACUUGGACAUGGGCUUUCAUCUGGCAUCGGCUGUUACGGUCACCUUACUCACAGGCGCUCUGACCGUAGCCGCCCUGGUCCAUACGCUUCAGCUGCAGGAUGAUCGAUACCGCGAACGUCGCUGGGAUGCCGACUUGACCAACAUUCUGACGUGGACCCCGCUUCCUGCCAGCUCCAACGCCUUUCUGGACUCACUUGAGGCGUGCUGCUUUGCCAUUCCCAUUUACUUUGGCCGCACGUUUCCGCGUCUCCAUCGGGCCUGGCACUGGUUUGAAGAGCAUCACGAGAUGCAAGAGCCGGAGCGCUAUGGGCUACGCGUGCCGCACCGACGCAUGUUUUUUGCCGCCGGCGUAAUUGCCGAGACCUGGCUUGUCUGGUCGGGUUUCCAUGAUAUGCUACGCUUUGACGCCAAGUCUUUACUUAUCCACGAGGUGCGGAGCUUUGGCUACAACCUCACGUGGCCGGAUGCCGACAACGGAGGCACCGUUUUUGAUGAGGCCUUCAGUCACUACGAUGCUGCCCGCCGCGAUGGCUGGUAUUUGACCCUCUUUGGCUGGAUCACUCUGCUUCUUGCUCUGCUCAUUGACGUCCUUUGGCCCAGCCGACGUUCGCUGUUUGCUUCGCGCUGCCUGGAGCUGCUUGCUCUGAUACUAUCGACGUGCGGGGCCCUUGCAACCGCCGUUCCCAACUAUUUGCAGGACAUUCAUGUCACGGAUGUCAUCAACUUUUGCGCUCCAAAGUUCAAUCGUGCCAUCUCCCUCUUCCUCUCCAAUACCAUGGGACUUGUUUGUGCUGGCCUUUUCACCGUGACGCUGCUACCCAUAUUCCUGGCCCUGGGUCCGGCCCUUGUCCGCGCAUCCAAGCUUAUCCUGACAGAUGACCGUCUCCGUAACAAGAGCCGAAACCCCACCUGUGUCAGCGACGUAGCCGCAACUGUCAAAAACCCCGGCGAGGCCGAACCCGAGUUUGCCAGCGGCCGCAGCGGCCCAUCUCAAACCCAUGCAGGCGCCAGUCAGGCCCUUGAUGCCUCGGCUUGGAACCGAAGCCUCAUCGCCUCCCAGCCAAGCGCUGCCACCGCCACUGCUGUCGAGUCGGAGCACACUCCGCUCCUGGGUGCGACAGCUCCUCUCAAGGGUAUGCCCUCACGUGCAACGGGUCUUCAGCACCAUGGCAAGAUGCUGGGCUUUGGCCUUGCUCCCGUGGCUUGGCUUCGAGCUGAGCAGGCGCCCGACAUGGACGUUUUUGAACGAGUGUACGCUGAAAACGUGCUGCUUGUCUACCGCCUCACAGCCUUUCUGAUGCCAGUGACCACGGUGUUGCCGUUGUUUGUCGUCUCACAGUUCUUUGGCGACCAUUUUACGCGUGCUUCCAUCAUUGCGUUCUGGCUUGCCCCCUGCAUCAUUGGGCUUGCCACCACCUGGCGCCACAUGUCGACCGGCUACCUGGCCUGGUUGACUGGGUACUUUGCACCGCUGUUUGCCAUUUUUCUCUAUGAAAUGUUGCAGCAUCACUUUGAGCAUGCAGUCCAAGUUAUGCUACAAAAGCCCGACUUUUGGUUUGAGCUGGUGGCCGAAAUCUGUUUGGCCAACGUCGUCAUAAGCGGUAUGGUUUUUGCGUUCCCCUGUGCUUUCCUCUGUGGCUGA